CGGCGGGAUGAUGCGCUCGCAGUGCCUGCUCGGCCUCCGGGCCUUCCUCGCCUUUGCCGCCAAGCUCUGGGGGUUUCUGCUGUACCUCCUGCGCCGGCAGGCCCGCACCGUGAUCCAGUAUCAGACGGUGCGCUAUGACAUCCUUCCCCUUUCCAAAGUUUCACGGGAACGGCUCCAUCAGGUGAAGAGGAAGAUCCUCGUCCUAGACCUGGAUGAGACGCUGAUCCACUCCCAUCAUGACGGAGUCAUGCGGCCCACAGUGAGGCCUGGCACUCCCCCUGACUUCAUCCUUAAGGUCGUCAUAGACAAGCAUCCAGUCCGCUUUUUUGUACAUAAGAGGCCACAUGUGGACUUUUUUCUAGAAGUGGUGAGCCAGUGGUAUGAGCUGGUGGUCUUCACAGCCAGCAUGGAAAUCUAUGGCUCUGCUGUGGCCGACAAGCUAGACAAUAAUAGGAGCAUCUUAAAGAGGAGAUACUACAGACAGCACUGCACUUUGGAGCUGGGCAGUUACAUCAAGGAUCUUUCAGUCGUUCAUAACGACCUUUCCAGCAUAGUCAUCUUGGACAACUCGCCAGGAGCCUACAGGAGCCACCCAGAUAACGCGAUACCCAUCAAAUCCUGGUUCAGCGAUCCCAGCGACACAGCACUUCUCAACUUGCUCCCCAUGCUCGAUGCCUUGAGGUUCACAGCUGACGUCCGGUCGGUGCUGAGCCGGAACCUGCACCAGCACCGCCUUUGGUGACGGCGGCUCCUCCUUUCUUCAGGGUUUGGCCUGCAACCUCUGCCUUAUCCCGCCAUCGUGACCCCCCCAACCAUUGCCACUUGGACUCUGGCGACUGCGUCUGGACUCAGCCAACCAGGCGGGGAGUUGCUGGGAGUAAUGCUGCUUCCCUCUCGCGUGAGCCCGGUGGGCAACCCGCCCCCACCUCUCCCUGCGCCAGCCAGUUGCAUGCUGACCACUGAGCAGCACGCUGGAGACUGGCAGGGACUUAGCCGCAGGGGAGGAAGUGGGCCGACGCCAUCGGCAUGACGACUCCAACGGCUUGGGGGGCAGAUGUUCAAGAAAGGGGGUGAAACAAGCCAGCCGCACAGAGGAGUGCGACAGACACUGACACGAGGCUGCGUUUCUCAUUUUAAAGACCGAACUCCCUGUACAAAGAUCUACCUUCGACUGCGCCUUUGUUUGUUUUCUCUUCUCCCCUACUCUGGAUAAAGAGAGACCCCCACCUUCAUCUAAGGCGGCCCUUUUUAGAUGAUUUGGCAGGCCUGGCUUAAUUUUUCAAGAGUCCUGCCCCCUUUCUUUGUGGAAGUAGGCAUGUCCCUCUUCCCCCCCCUCCCCAAACUUGGAUUUGUGUUGAGGGGGCCACUCCUUCCACAGUGGCCUCACUUUCUUUGUUUUUUGACUUUCGGAACCGGGAGGGAUCAAAUGAUGAGAUAUUAUAGCCUUGAACUGAGGUGGAAAAAAACCCAACAACCAUAAA